AUGGAAUUUCUCAAGACCUGCAAUACCAAUGCGCAAGCUAUCGGCGACUUUGAAGCCAUCAUCUUUCAAGCCUUCUCUGCCACCCGCAAUCCCCCUCGCACCUCCUCGAGAAUCUAUGACUGGAGCCCAACGGACGAUAUACGCGAGGCGGAAGCUGAACUACGGAACGAGGAGCAUCUGGUCGUGCAGGAUGUGUCGAAGCCCUCCUGGCUUUGGCUUUUCCGGCCGACAACCGCCGACCAGGCGGGCCAAAAGCCGCCAGACCUGCCGGUACUUGAGGGAUACCUCUUCCAGCGUGAACAAUAUGGCAUCAUGAAGGCUUCGGAUCUAGCUCGACCGCCGAUGAGAAACGCGAAUUUGAACUCGAAUUCAUCCGGCUCUACAAACUCCCCGUUGACGCCUGGGCCCGCGAAAGGUCUUCAGCCUGGAGGUGGACGCCUCGCGCAGGGCACCGCUCAAGCUAAUAAUACUGCGGACCAGCAGCAGUACGAUAGUUUCGCCAUCUAUGACCUAUUCACGUCUUCAGUCGUUGCUUUGAUAUCUUUCCAUCUGGUGAAGGACUACAAGGCGGUUGCGCUGAACUACAGAACCUUCAUAUCGAAGCCUACAGCUGAGCAAGACUCCGAAGACGGCGACUCCAAGACCUCAGCGGUCCCUCAUUGGUUGACUAAUGUAAAUGUUUAUUGGGCUAGCUCAGGUACGCUUGUUGUAUCAACAUUCUCCCUGAGUAAGCCUGAAAUUCACUGUUUGGACGAGGUUGCGACAGAGGACGAGCAAAAUCAUUUGCUUGGUAAAUGCGUCCGUAUUGCCCCAAACGGUAUACUAGCCAAAGUUGCAAGCUUCGACGAUCCCCUCGAUGCCACCACGGACGACAUCAACCAAAGGUUCCAACGGAAGAGAGCCAGAAUCGCUCAAGCAGAGCAGGGCAUAGAGAGGUGGAAAGCUACCGUCAAACGCUGGUUGGGCUGGAAAGGCUACUCACUACCCAACCUUGCUGAUUGGAACUCUUGGGUCAAGAUCCGGAUCUCGCAAUGGGGUCAUAUUGCUACCCCCAGCCCGGUCCCCAAUCAAGCCCGAGACAUAUUGUGGCCUCGCGCAUUAUGUUUCUACUACAGCGAUCUAACUACAGAAAGCCAUAUAGAGACAAGUCAAGGGAACACGUCAAGCCAGGCAGAUAGAGCCCUGGAAUGGUUCGAGACGUCUGACUCGUCUGGAUUCAGAGAUCCUAUUGACUUGGCCCAGCAAUGGUUCCUAGGGAAGCCCGAGCGGGACAGGGUCACAGAAGCCCGUCGACGAGCAAAAAAGGCGGAAGAAGAUGCUACGCGAAUCAAAGAGGAGAAUCACGGACUAUUUCCGUCAUCCCCGCUGAAUGCUCGCACCGGAACCUACGGUGAUCUCCAAGCAGUCAGCGGGGUCUACCCGACGCCUCCUGAUGGGAUUCUUCCAGGGACCGCAGUUUCCAGCGGCGACACUCCGACCGUGUCUGGCGCUGCGACGAACAUCAUUCUUGCGCCCGGUGGUAGCAAUCCUGCAAUCAAUCUUUCCGCGCCACAAGAGCCUACUCAUGCCGAAGGGCAUCAACAACCUCUUACAUCCCCGGGGUUUGCGGCGCCUUUCGAUCAUUACCACUCGGGUGGCGGGAACGAUGAUCUUUUCGAAGACAUGGACGAAGAUGGUUUCGAUGGCAAUGACGUAACAGAUGCUGACUUCAACUUCUUCGACGAGCCUGACGGUGAAGAUGUGGAUAUGCUGGAUGCUCCAAAUGGCGGCGAUAGCAAGCCGACGCCCGGAAAGCAGCCAGCAAACGAGAACUCUGUACCACUUAUUCCAGAGCCGGAGAUCAAGGAAGAAUCGUCAGAUCUAAUGGAUGCCUUGGAUAACGCUCUCGCCACAGCAUCCGGUCAGACAGAGACAGGGGAUCGAGACAUGAAGACGGAGCAGCACAUAAAAAAAAAACCAGCUGCAGACGCUAAGCAAGCAGCGCCGGUCUUGAUGCAGCCCACAGUCUCCCUGAGUCAAGCCAUCAAUCCGGUAUCAAAGGAGCCUACACCACCUCUGAGUCCGCGUUUCAUCGAGAAAGCUCUCCUACCCUCUCCAAAGAACAAACUUGCUCCACAAACUCCGCAUAAGCAAGUGCCUGUUCACCAUCGGGACAGCAUCUUCAACCCACUCAGCUUCAAUCGGAAGAUGAGCCUCUCGGAUUCGAAGUAUCAAGGCGGUCGUUUCAGUUUUCCUUCCGAAAAGGUCAAAAUGGACGACGACAAAGAUCAACAAGCCCCUCGCCGCCCAAAGAGCCUUCGCGAUCUUCCACUACUCACGAAGCUUCGAUACGCUAUCGGGGUGGCUUCCACUAAAGGCAUUCCUGAAGUAUCUUCGCUAGCCCGCGAAGACAGUGAUUUGUCUGACACGUCAAGCGAGACUUCUUCGUUGGCUGAUGAGGACAUGGAUGAAGACAUCUCCAUAGGACCUAUAUCACUCCCGGGAGGAAUGAUUAUACCAGCAAAACGGAAGCUACCGACUGAAGGCAAUGCCACGCCAUUGUCGGCGACGUCGUUCGGCUCCUUUGGCGGAGAAUCUCAAGACAGUGCUGCUCUUCAGGUCGAUGAAGUCGCCUUAACCGCCUUGGAGCCUACUUCUUGGGAUUGGUCAUUAGUGAACGUACCACCUCCGACAGAGGUAUCAGCAAGCGGCUCACGCUACAGCAUUCCUUCGUUCUCUCCAAUACUUCCGUCAAUGCCGAACACGCCAACCUCACAACCAGACCUUUCCUUAGAGCCACUAGACGAGAGACCCCUAAGCGGAAAGGACAGUAUCGCGGUGGCUCAGAUAGUCACCGAUCAAAUCGUUCCGGCGACAUUGGAUAUACUCCAAGAGUGCCCACGUCAUGGAGUUGAGAUGGAAUCGACGCCGUCACCUUCCGAAAGCAAGUGGCAGGCUGCCAUAAAACACAUUUUCUCCAAAGCGACCGAGUGCAAUGUGACGGCGCUUGCUUCAGUCUCUGACGUAUUCCCGGACCUACCACCGCAGGCAAAAGGGCAACAGAGGCCUCCGCCGCGUAUGCCAAAUGAAGGGCCUGCCACGUUAGGACAGCAUUUGCAUCAGAUCAAUCCGCCGUUCAUCAGAGUCCGGCGAGCGGACAUUCUGUGGGACUUGCUGCCGCCUGCUGUACCUUUCUGGGAGCCCCUCGGGCUUUCGCCCUGUAGUUCGGGCAAGAAUGUGGUGGGUUUCUGCGUCUAUCCCCACAGCGGUUCCUUGAGGCCUUGUGUGGAGAAUUUCUUGCUCAAUGUUCAACUGGCAUAUGACAACUGCAGACUUGGCAAUCACACACGGGUCGAGACUGUCCCCGAAUACGAAGGAGGUCUCGUUCCGUGUCAGCUAAGCACGUUGGACUCUCCACGUGCUGCGUUCAAGGCGCUGCGUGACACUUGCAUUCAGCUUGGCAACCUCCUCGCGGCGAAGCAUGCUCAAAUGCGGGACAAGGACUCCAAGAUUGAUGCGUUUGUGAUCUACAUGGUAGAUCCAUUUGAGAAGCCAUCUUCUAUCUGGGAACUGUGUUCAGCUUUCUGGACACUUUUCCAAGCAUACGGUCAAGGGCCACCGGGCCGCCCCGAUCAGAUCCAGAAGCCAGAUCUCGUGCUUCAGCUCGUGCCCAUAAAGUAUGUCGCUUCGUUCGAGGCUCCAGUCAUCUUAGACUCGAGCACUUAUGCUACACUCGCUCGGGAGGUGUACGACCGCUGCCCACCGAGCGCUCCCAGCGAAGACAAGACCCCUCUUAGCAUCUAUACUGCGCCAGCUUUCCAACUCGAGGAGCCCAUACCUCGUAGCAUCCCGUUUAAGCUGAAUGCAGAGCCUCCACAGGAUCUACUCCAUGAGAAUUCAUACAUCCAUCUCGGCUACGCCAUGAGUCUUGAUGGUACGUGGAUCACUGCAGCGUGGACCGACAUCUGCGGGAAGUCUCAAGCCGUUGUCUCAUACAAUCUCGGUACGCGCAUGUUUGGAGAGGUGGCGAAAGAGAUAUGGCACACCACAAUCGAGAUUCUGCAGUCGCGAAGGGUGACCUGGCGCGUCUGCAUUACCAAAGCCGGAGUCAUGGAUAGAGAGGAGAUGGAGGCAUGGGUCUUCCUCGUCUCUUGCCCGACCCAGCUCAACCUGUUUGUGACAUUGCUUGCGGUGGACACUGAGCCGCCCUUGAAGUUUACACCUCCGAUGCCUCCCACGAAUGCCGCCAACGCAUCGACAGCAAAUCCAUCAUCAACCACGCCCGUCUCCACUCCACAAGCUGGCGUCUCACCCGAGCACGGCCUCACUCCCGCAGCAACGCCCUCCGCAGACAACGCUGUCGACCCCACCACCGAUCCCGAAGCUAGACUAGUCGACAGCACUGACGAAACAUGGGGCAUCAUUCUCGCCCACCGCCUUCACAACUCUAACUCAACCAACGAAUUCCGCCCCGCCCUAAUAAGUGGGCUCCUUGUUAAACGCGGCCUCACCUGUAUACCGAUCACAACGCCUUCUGGUAUACCAUUCACUCCCGACCCCGAGCGCGGCCCUAUCAUCGUCACCGUCAACAUGCUCUGGAUGGGCGCCAUAAACCCAACUCGCGCCGCCACUUCCCCAUUCCCACCAACCGCCAGCGCAGGGGAUGGCAUUAGCCCAGGUGGCGCUGGACCGGGACCGCAGGAACGGAGCUAUAGUAGUUUGACGUGGACGCCGACCGUGCAGACAAGGGCUGCGGCGGAGAAUCUUAUGAAGGAGGUGCUGGGGCAAUUCAGGGGGUUGGGGUUGCUUGCGCGGUUGAAGGGGAUGCGAGGGACGAGGCAUGGGACGGUGCCGUGGCACGUCGCGGCUGCCACGAGAGGAGUUAAGGGCUUGGGGAAAUGUGUUCCCUCGUAG